AUGAGGAAGCAGAGCGCGCGCACCGCCGCGCUCAUCCUGUGCAUCCUGUCCUACCUGCUGGUGGGCGCCGCCGUCUUCGAUGCCCUGGAGUCCGAGGCGGAGCGCAGCCGGCAGAGGCUGCUGGCUCGGAAGCGGGGCGAGUUCCGCAGAAAGUACCGCUUCUCCGCCGACGACUACCGCGAGCUGCAGCGGCUGGCGCUGCAGGCCGAGCCACACCGCGCCGGCCGCCAGUGGCGCUUCGCGGGCUCCUUCUACUUCGCCAUCACGGUCAUCACCACCAUCGGGUAUGGCCAUGCUGCACCGGGGACCGACUCGGGCAAGGUUUUCUGCAUGUUCUAUGCCCUCCUGGGCAUCCCCCUGACGCUGGUCACCUUCCAGAGCCUGGGUGAGCGUCUGAACGCUCUGGUGCGGUGCCUGCUGCUGGCGGCCAAGCGCUGCCUGGGCCUGCGGCGGCCGCACGUUUCCGCAGAAAACAUGGUAGUGGCCGGGCUGCUGCUGUGCGCCGCCACCCUGGCCCUAGGCGCCGCCACCUUCGCCCACUUCGAGGGCUGGACCUUCUUCCACGCGUACUACUACUGCUUCAUCACCCUCACCACCAUCGGCUUCGGCGACUUCGUGGCGCUGCAGAGAGACGAGGCGCUGCAGAGGAAGCCGCCCUACGUGGCCUUCAGCUUCCUCUACAUCCUGCUGGGGCUCACGGUCAUCGGUGCUUUCCUCAACCUGGUGGUCCUGCGCUUCCUCGCCAGCGCCGACGCCCCUGAGCGCUCAGCCCCCCGCGCCAGCGCGUUCCGCAGGGGGGCGCCCGAGAGACGCGUCCGCUUCAGGGCCUCCACCAGCAUCUCUCACCGCUCCCAUCAGCUGGAGGCCUGGGCCUGUGACAACCCUGCCUUCUCGCCUCCCCUGAGUCCAGAAGCCCUGCACCACUGCCGCAGCAGCUCAGACAGACCCCGAGCCCGGAGAAGAUCCAUCUGA